AUGUGAGGGAAACUCGUGGACCCCGGGACCUUCACCAUGAACACUGAGACUAUAAACUAAUGGAUUAUGGAUCGGCUAUGCCUUUGUUGCUGCUUUUUACUCUGGGCGGGUCCUUUCGUGGCGGUUAAUGCUGAGGAACAUGCGUCUUGUGAUGGAGCGUUUGAUGUUUAUUUUGUCUUAGACAGGUCGGGCAGUGUGUCGGGACACUGGGAGGAGAUCUAUGGAUUUGUAGAGCAGCUGACCAGCAGAUUUGUCAGUCCCAGGAUGAGGGUCUCCUACAUCGUGUUCUCCGCCAACGCAGUCGUCAUUCUGCCAAUAACUGGUGACAGGGUGAAGAUCGAAGAGGGUUUGGACAAGCUGAGUCAAAUCAGACCAGCUGGUGAAACGUACAUGCACGAAGGCUUGAAGGCAGUGUCGGACCAGAUGAAGGUGCAAACUGCACCUUCAUCCACCAUCAUCAUCGUCCUGACGGAUGGCAAGCUGGAGGUUUAUCCUUAUGAGCUGAGUGUGGAGGAGGCCGACAGAGCCCGAGGCUUUGGGGCCAGAGUCUACUGUGUCGGGGUCAUGGACUUUGACCAUCAGCAGCUGGCUGAGAUUGCUGACGGGACAGAUCAGGUGUUCCCUGUGCUCUCUGGGUUUCAUGAUCUCAAGGACACUGUCAACAAAAUCCUGGAGCAGUCAUGUGCGGACGUAUUCACAGUAGAACCAUCGAGUGUCUGUGUCAACGAGUCGUUUAAUGUGGUGCUGAGAGGCAGCGGGUUCAGUGGGUCGAAGAGGACGCAGAGUGUGCUCUGUAUCAUCACACAUGACAAAAAUACCUUCAACCAGAAGCCGACAGUCGUCCGUGACGGUCAUCUGCUGUGUCCAGCUCCCGUCCUCACACAAGCUGGACAUUCCAUUGAAGUGCUGGUCAGCCUCAAUAAUGGACAGUCGUACAUCUCCAGCCCAGUCACCAUCACCGCUGCUGAAUGUUCAGAUGGGAUUUGGGUGCUCUGGUUGCUGCUGGUUCUGUUGCUGUUGGUGGGUCUGGGCCUGCUCUGGUGGUUCUGGCCUCUGUGCUGCACAGUGGUGAUCAGAGACCCUCCACCCUCUCGGCCCCCUCCUCCUCCUCCACCACUUGUACUUGAGCCUGAAGAUCUGUCUCCCAAACACAAGUGGCCAACGGUGGACGCCUCCUAUUAUGGGGGCAGGGGUCCGGGAGGAAUCAAGCGCAUGGAGGUGCGCUGGGGUGAGAAGGGGUCGACGGAGGAGGGGUCGAGGUUAGAGAGAGCCAAGAAUGCUGUCAUCACCAUGCCAGAAGAGGGAGAUGAGCUGGUCAUACCAAGACCCCCACCAAGACCUCCACCAGUUUAUAACCCUCUGCCAGAGCCCAAGUGGUACACUCCGAUCAAGAGUCGUUUUGAUGCUCUUCGGGCUUUGCUGAGGAGACAGUACGACAGAGUGGCCAUCAUGAGGCCCACUUCACAAGACCAGGGUCGUUGCAUCAACUUCACCAGAGUUCAAAGUCACUGAAUUGACGUAAUAAUCUGUUUAAAUGUAAAUAAAUCUUUUUUC